UUUUUAAUAUAUGUUUAUUAUGUGAUAAAAAAAAAAGAAAUGUUUCCUACAUUUAUUUUAUAGAAUAUAAAUAUCUAUACAUAGCAGCCGCCGUUUUCUAUCGCUCGCGAAAUACCGCGGUCUACUUAAAUGUUAUUUUUAACCAGAUACGUUCUGCUGAAGUUGGGAAGUAGUCUGCAAGACAUUCCUACUACCGUAAAGUAAAGUAUCAGAUUUACCAUGAGUUCAUUAUUAAACAACAAUGUGAUAAAAAAUUAAUAAAUUCUAUUGAUUAAAUAGUUACUUAAAUCAAUGGAAUUCGUGAAUUGUUCAGUUAAGAAUCAAUUUGAAAAUAGUUGCUUCGGUCAUGCAAAAACAAUUGAAAACGAAAGCGAAAAUAAUAAAUAUAAUAAUAAUAAUGGGAACGUCAUUUCUUUUAACAGGAAGAAAAAAAAUAGAAAUAAUCAAUCUAUUGUUACAAUUGAACCGAAAUACGUAAAUGUUAAUACAAGAAAUGGAUUAAGGUGGAGUAUGGAACAAAAAAUAAAUUUACUAUCCUAUACAUUGUCGGAUAACGGAAAUUUAAGUGAUGAAUGUAAAGAAGAUAAAAUGAAAAUAAUUCGAAAUAUUCAUGAAAAUAAAGAUUUCUUAUGUUCAAGAUGUGGUAAAAAAAUGCAAGAACCUAGACUUCUUCCUUGCUUACAUGCCAUGUGUUCUCCUUGUGUCUUUGACUUGAUUGGAAAAACUAAUAAUAUUGAUACAAGUAAGAUGAAAAAUAAUGAUAACAUUAAUUCAGCAUGUAAUAUUUAUGAAAGAUGUCCUUUAUGUCAUUUUUGUCUAUCAAAUACAUGUUUUAUAAUUCCACCUCCGCAUUAUCCGCUACAACAUAAGCUCGUUAUGGAUGCUAUGCGUCGUAAAUUGGCUCAUAGAAUACUUUGCGAUACUUGUUCGGAUGAAGUAAUAGCAAUUGUACAAUGUUGUGUAUGUUUGCGCAACUUUUGUUCUGAUUGUGGUAAUGAGCAUGAAGAAAAAACAAGUGUGGAAGUGAAACAAGGCAAACAUGUAGUAAAACCUCUCUGGGAAGCAACCAGAAUACGUCGUACUAUACUUUGUCAAAUCCAUCCUUCAAAUGCAUUGAGAUACUAUUGCAAUGCAUGCCAGCAGAUAUGUUGUAAAGAAUGUAUGUGGAGUAUAGAACAUAGAGGUCAUGCUAGUGAAAAUGCUAUUGGGGCUGGAAGGAGAGCUGCUGCAUAUAUAACAGCAAUGCUUGAAAAAGCAAAAAUUCUUUUAAAUUCUCUACUUAUACGUUACAACGAAGAUAUAUUUUCAAAUGACAUUUAUAACGAGCAAGAACAUUUCAUUGAUCAAUGGUAUGUUAAAUAAUCAUACAUUCCUUAUGUCAUGAAUAAAUAUUUGAUAUUUAUACGCACAAUCAAAA